GUAAGUUUAAUAUUUUGCAAAUGGCCGCUUUAUCAGAAAACAAUGUACAUAUUCUGAUCGCGGCAAAAAUAGUAUCGUGUUCUCCCUUCUGUUGUAUAAAUUUGACUGUUUCGUACAUACAGGUGUGAAAAAUUAGUGGUAUGCUGUCACUAGACAGUAAUGAUACUCAUCAGGAUGAGGAAACAACUAGUGAAAAUGAAUCAGAUGAUUAUCCGAGAAUACCGAUCCACAUGGACGAACCAAAAGAAUGGACUUAUACAAUGAGAAGGCACAUGCAGGAGGUGGUACCGAGAUUAUACCUUGGUCCAUACAGUGCUGCUAGUCGUUCAAAAUUGCAAUCUUUAUUAGAACAUGGUAUAACUCAUAUAGUGUGUGUUAGACAAGAUAUAGAAGCAAAUUUUAUAAAACCCAACUUUCCUGACAAAUUUAAGUAUCUUGUUCUAAAUAUUGCUGAUACAGCAACAGAAAAUAUUAUUCAACAUUUUCAAAAAGUUAAAACAUUUAUAGAUGAAGGUUUAAGCUCUGGGGGUCAAGUCUUAGUACACGGUAAUGCUGGGAUAUCAAGGUCUGCUGCAUUGGUUUUAGCAUAUGUUAUGGAAACAUAUGGACUAUCGCAGACACGGGCAUAUGCAAUGGUACAACAAAGGAGGUUUUGUAUAAAUCCUAAUGAAGGUUUCAUGACACAAUUAAAAGAAUACGAACCUAUAUAUCAAGCACAAAAAACGUUAAGAAAUGGGCAGCAAAGUUCAGUGAAACAACGAAGUAAACGAACUAUACAUCAAAUGGAUACUGAACGAGCAGAAGAUAGAUGCGACGAAAUGGAUAGUUGAUAUUAAUUGUAAAAAUGUUAAAAUUACUAAAAGACUUAUCUUAAACUAGAUGAAAAUCAAUAGACUCGACGAGGCAAGGCAUGCUGUAUGUCAUCUGGUUUGAAAAGUACCUAAACAUGGAGGUAUAUUGUAAAAUCAAAUUGCUUAUUACAAUACAAUUGUAUUUAGUUAAAGUAAUUGUUUAUUUAGACAACCAAGAUGUUACUAGCUCUGAGCGCUUUAACUAUAGGUUUUACGAUUAAUAUGAUUAAUAAACAAAAGUAAACAAUUUUUAAGACACAUAUUGUCGUAAAUAAUAGUUAUAAUUUUUAUUUAUUCAGCAUACAAGCUGCAUACAAGUUUUACUCGCUUAGAAAAGAAAUGCAAUUAAUAUUGUUAAGCUCCUUAUUUAUUUUAUUCACUACAAUAAACAUUGUACAAAAUUUUUGUAUAUCAUGUACAUUGAAACAAUGCAGCUUAAGAAACAUGGAGAACAACAUUUUUUAUUACUAAGUUUUGUAUUUAUUUCAUACAACUUUUGUAAAAUACACAAUUUUCUCAAA